UCGACGUAUAGCUCUUUUUCAACCCGAAAAAAAUACACAUUAUUAGGGAAUGUUUAAUGUUUAGUGUUUAAUAGUCUCGCACUCGCAAGCAGAUUGGUGACAUCCCGCGAUGUUUAAGUGCAAUGGCGUACGAGGAAGGGGAGUCGCUUGAAUCCUGGCUCAAUAAAGCCACACAUCCAACUAACAGACAAGAGGACUGGGAGUACAUCAUUGGCUUCUGUGAUCAGGUUAACAGGGAGUUGGAAGGCCCUCAGAUUGCGGUGCCUCUGCUUUUGCACAAAAUCUGUUCACAAGAAUGGGAGGCUCUUCAGGCUCUGACUGUACUGGAGGCCUGCAUGAAGAACUGCGGGAAGAGGUUUCACCGUGAAAUUGGAAGGUAUCGGUAUUUAAAUGAGCUGGUAAAACUGGUUUCUCCAAUGUAUGUGGGUGCCAGUACUCCAGAGAAGGUGAAGAAGAGGAUUAUAGAAAUGCUGUGCAGCUGGAGAGUUGCUUUUCCCAACGAAACCAAGAUCAAUGAUGCCUACACGGCACUCAAGAAACAAGGCCUGGUGACCCAUGAGCCGGAGCUUCCGGUAGACAAGACUCUGAUUCCUUCUCCUCCAACACGACCGAAGCACCCGGUCUUUGACAAUGAAGACAUGGGCAAGCUGCUGGCUGAGCUCCUUCGAAGUAAAAACCCAGAAGAUCUUCAGGAGGCCAACAGGUUAAUCAAAAACAUGGUGAAGGAGGACGAGGUUCGGGUGCAGAAGGUCACAAAGCGUAUGCACACUUUGGAGGAGGUGAACAUCAAUGUCAAGUUGCUGACGGAGAUGCUGUCCCAUUAUGAUAAAGACAACUCCAGUGACUCGGACAAAGAGAUCAUAAAGGAGCUCUACGAGCGAUGUGACAAGCAGAGACGUGCCGCUUUCAAGAUGGCCACCGAGGCUGAGGACCAUGACACCAGUUUAGGUGACAUUCUCCAGGCGAGCGAUGACCUCUCCAGAGUCAUCAACUCCUAUAAGAAGAUUGUUGAGGGACAGGUGAUCAACGGCGAGAGUGAUGAGCCUCAAACUGCAGCUCCUUCGACAGAGACCACAGACACACUGGUUGACCUCGGCGGCCUCGAUGCUCAAAGCUCUCCACACCCCCCUCCCUUGCAGACAUGCCCAUACAUCGCCGACCCCGCCGUUUCUGCAAUCCCGAUGUUGCCUCCUCCCCCCAAACGGGCCGCCGGCUCCCUCAGCAGUCAGAGCAGCAGCCCGAGUCACCCGUCUACAGACAAGACCUCCACCGUACUCUCCCUGCUUGACGAUGAGCUGCUGUCUCUUGGACUGAAUGACCCCCCUACCUCUGUAAGCAGCCAAGCAAAGCCCAGUUUGGGGGAAAUCUCCAGUCAGUGGUCUUCCUUGCAGGCCCCUACAGCAGGUCUGGAUAUGUUUGGCAGUGUGGCAUGUUCAGGUCCCGUGCCUCCAGUGGAACCAGCUGUCACGCAGAGUCCACAGAACCUUCAGAAUCUGGCUAUGAUGGGCUUUACUGAUCAGCAAAGAUUGUUCAGCCAGAUCACAGCAGCAGGAAGCAUUUUUGGGAUAACAGCAGCACCGGCGCCUGCCUUCAUGCCUGUGCACAGCGCCAAUCCUGCAGCUUCCCUUUUUCACAGCUCAAUGCCAAGCUCCCCUGCCUUGUCCCGCUCUCAGAAUCAGACCGUGGCUCCAGGCAGUCCUGUGUUCUGCUCCCUGUCCCCUUGCCACCCACCCCUCCAGGGCAGUUCAGGCAGAGGUGCAGACAUUUCUCUCAGCAACGUCCACGUUCCUUUGGAGGCCAUCAAACCCAGUAAAGUCUUACCUGUUACUGCCUAUGAUAAAGAUGGGGUUCGUGUGCUCAUCAACUUUGCGUCAGAUUCUCCUCCUGGGAGGCCUGACGUGUUGGUGAUGGUGGUGUCCAUGCUCAACACAGCACCCAUGCCUGUUCACAAUGUUGUCCUGCAAGCUGCUGUGCCAAAGUCAAUGAAGGUAAAGCUGCAGCCUCCAUCGGGAGCUGAACUGGCCCCUUUCAACCCCAUCCUGCCUCCCGCCUCCAUCACUCAGAUCAUGCUGCUGGCCAACCCAGCAAAGGAAAAGGUGCGCCUGCGCUACAAGCUGUCUUUCACACUUGGAGAGCGUCUGUACUACGAAGUAGGAGAGGUGAACCAUUUCCCCCCACCAGAAACAUGGGGACACCUAUAGCAGAGUGGUGCUGUGAAUAAUCCACACUCAUUGAAAGGGUGUUUGUGGGCUCCCUUCAUUCCAGACAAAGAUGAAAAGAUGUCCAUUUUUUAGCUUUACAUUUCUAAUAUGUGUUCAUUUUUUCUCAGUGUUAUUAGCACUGUGGGGUUAAAAGAAUCCUUUGUGCAGUUAUAAAACUAAAUAAAAAUGCUAAAAUCCAGAAACUUCUAAAAGAGGUUUUCCAGAGAUAAAUCUGAGCCUUGAAUGCAUCUGAAAGCAGAGUUUGAAGACUGUCAGACUGAAAGUUUAGAACCAAUGUUUGCAAUAUUUUUUCCUGUAAAAUGUUUACAUACCUGUAGACAUGUGAAAGUUCUUAAAAGUACAAAUAAUGUGUCAUAUUGUUUCAGGAAAAUAUUCAACCAGAAUGCAUUUCUUUCUAGAUUCUCCAGGGUUCAACUAGCUGUUGUUGCUAGCUCAAUGAAUUCACUGCUUCAGAUUGAGCCAUUUAAACUCAGUUGUUUGUUUUUUUUAAAUAUUUUUAUUUUAUGAAAUGUGAGGGGAAAGUGAUUUCAUUUGUUAGAGCCUUAGCCUGGAAUGAAAGCACUGAUUUUCCUCCCAUUGUUGGUAUAUGUUCAGGUAUAUGUUCAUGUGCGUUUUUAAAUCACUGAAUUUUGGUUUGCUCUGUUUUUUGGCAGUUUGAAAGGUUUUAUUUUGAGACUGAAAUAUUUUACUGUGCAGUUUGGCAGUGAAUGCAUCUUGUAACAUGAGCAGAAUUUGUCCAACACACGUUUUCUUAGGAUAUCAAAAUGUGAGAGCAAAAGGGUAUCGAGUCAUGUUGGAGCGGAUGUACAGAAGUGUGUUUGAUGUAAAUAUUGUGAGAUGUGUCUGUUUACUGUAAAUUAUGGAAAUGUAAUGUGCCAUCUGUCUGCUGCUUGAAAAUAAAAGAGUAUUGAUGUUUGA